AGCGCAGUCCCUCAGUACAUCCCGCUGAUACAGAAGGGAUAACCAGAGCCCACUGACUGCUCCCAACACGGCUCUAACUGACCAAUCAGCGCACCCAGCCAUGUGCCUGGCACCCUGCAAGCAAUCCCGCCAGCGGCCCAUCCUGCCCGCCCUCUCCCUAUCGGGCAGCACCGACAGUGGCCCCCGGGCCCCGCUCCCAGCCCGCCCUGCCCGCAACACUUUGCCUGAGAUCUUUACCUUCGAGGUGGAGUCGGUGCAGCGAGUAGGGGCCCCCCGGCGCAACCCAGCCGGGGGCAGAAGCAGGAGACCCCGAAAGGUGCUGUACCCCGCCAAGGUCCGUAGGUACCUACCUCCCCCGGAGACCGACCGGGCCCUGCGCUGGCUCUACGGGCUGUGUGUGGUGCUGCUGCUGCAGGUAUGUGCCGAGGAGCCCGAAGUGCCCGCUGUCCUACAGGGCCCCCCAGCCGCACCGCUGGGAAAGAGCCUCCAACUCGCAGCAGAACAUAGCCUGGAACUCCCAGCAGCCUGGGCAGAACAUAGCCUGGAACUCCCAGCAGCCUGGGCAGAGCGCAGCCUACAACUCCCAGCAGCACCCACCAUUCAUUCAGCUUUCCCCAACCAGACCCUGGACAUCUCCGCACUCAGCCACCGGGCCCUGACCUGCAAUCUGCCUCUGUUACUGCUAAAGAUUCAGCGCUGAGAGCCCCCCAGCUGGGGACGGGUCCAAACUGGUACCGACCCAGGGGCUACUACAGUUCGUCUGACCGGCAAAGCCCCGGCGGGGCUGGAAGGAAGGAGAAUCCGGCCAUUGCGGCUGAUAUAAUGCAGCCAGAGAUACAAUGUAACAAGUCGCAGCCUCCCAGCAGCGACAGAUACAAUGUAACAAGCUGGGAGCGCUCACUGAUACUUUGUCGCAACGUGUGGCUGAACUGUACCGGCCCUAUGCACACUACAGACUGUACAUCUGACAUCUGUGUGGCCUGAGAUACUUGAUACCGCUCUAUGAAGAAUAUUCAGUAAGAGACUUGCUAAUCGCAGAACUAUGGGAGAUUGAUCCCGAUCGAUACUGUACUGACAUGGAAGUUUAUAUUUAUUGCACUUUGUAUUAUUGUUACUAUUUAAUUAUUGUCAAUUAUUCACUAUUUAUUUAUUGUCCUAUUUAUAUUAUUAUGAUAUUAUUAUUAUUAUAGCAUUGUUCCAAAUGCUGGACAAGUCAAUAAAUUAUUUAAACGAA